AUGGUUAAAUGUAUAAUCGUUGGUUGUACAUCUGGGUACAAAAGUAACAUUGAAAAAGUGCACCAAUUUGGUGCUCCUAAAGAUUCUAAGUUACGAAGUGAAUGGCAAAGGUGUAUUCCUAGAAAAGAUUUUAUACUUAAAGAUAAUUCAUAUGUAUGUGAAAAACAUUUCAAGGAAGAAGAUAUCAUAAAGUAUUGGGAAUCUGGUUCAGUAAAGGUACCAUAUACUAAGUGGAAGCUUAAAGAGGGAACCAUACCUUCAAUUUUCCCGGGUCCUUCAUAUUUAUCUAAUCUAAAAAAACAUCGGAAGUUGCCUGCUGUUCGUCAUGCAAUUACACCAAAAAGUAAAUUUAGUAAUGAAAAUUCUGAAGAUUGCAUUAAUAAUUGUUCAAUAAAACAAGAAUCUUAUCUUAUAGAAGAUAAUUUGUAUAAUAAGUUAGCCAACUUCCAAUGUAGUCCAUGGGUGAAAUUACCUAUGACAGUAGAAAAUACAGAUAUAUGUUUUGUUAUUUUUAUUGCAAACUCUAAUUCAGUACCCACUGUUGAAAGAAGUAUACAAGUCAAUAAGCAAGGUCAAGUGUCUUAUGCUGUCAAUGGUAAACUUAUUGAUAUAACAGAACACGGUAUUGAAGUUGCAAAAAACAUUGAAGAUUUUUCAAAUAAUAUUAAAAAGUUUGAAUCAAUAAGAUUAUGUUAUGGUAGUCCUAUAGCAAAUAUUUUUCCAAACUUUCCUAAAGACUUGUGCACUAAAUCAACUAAAGGCUUUCUCCAGCACAGACAAUGUCUCCUCACCAUUCAAAAUUGUUCAAAAGACACUUAUUGUAGUAAAUGUAAAUUAUUGAAAAAUGUGUUGGCAUGUAGAGAAAAAAGGAAAGCUAUUGGUUCUAAAGAAAUGUUAGAAGUUUCUCCAUCCAAAAAGCCUAGAAUCAUUGAAAUGAGAAAAAAAGCAUAUGCAUUGCAAAGAAAGGUAACAAUUACUAAAAAAAAAAUAUGUGAUUUGCAAGAUGAGCUUAGUAAAUCACAUAAAGAUAUGGCUGAAUAUAAUGAACAAUUUAUUAAAGACAAAUUAAAUGGAAUUAAUGAAUCACAGAAAACUAUGAUCAUGGAGUGUUUUGCUGCUAGUAGAGUUAAAAACUCAAAAUCAAGACGGUAUAGUGAAAAUUGGCUCAUGUUAUGUCUUUUAUUUAACAUACGAUCUCCUUCAGCAUACAAGUACUUAAGAGCAAGUGCUCUACUUCCACUGCCUCAUCCAAAAACUGUGCGUAAGCAUUUGUCAUUAGUAAAGUCAACUUGUGGGUUUGACAAAGAUUUUUUAAAUCUUUUACAAAAAAAAAGUGAGGGAAUGCUUGAAAGAAGUAAACAUGGUGUAUUGUUAUUUGAUGCAGUAAAUUUACGGAAAAGUUUAGCUGUAAAUUCGUCAAAUUUGACCUAUUGGGGCCUAGAAGACUAUGGUGGUGAAGUAGAAAAUAAAAAUUGUCACAAAGAAUAUGCUGACCAUGCCCUAGUCUUUAUGUGGCAAUCUUUGGGAUCAAAUUUUAGUCAAACCAUAGGUUGUUUUGCAUCAAAAGGGGAAGUUAAAGGUGUAAUAAUAGCACAGCUUGUUUUAAAAGCAAUAUCACUUAUGGAGAAUAUUGGAUUAUAUGUUGAUGGUAUAAUAUGUGAUGGUGCUACUACAAACCGUCGUAUGUGGACAGAGUUUGGAGUUGAUGGGACUAAAGAUAAUUUAAAGAAUUAUUUCAAACACCCAAUUGACCCAAGCCGCAAAGUCUACGUGUUAUCUGAUUUUGUACACUUAUUUAAAUGUGUCAGGAAUCGGUUACAUAAUAAUAAAUAUUUAAGGCUUCAUCCUAAUUCAAAACAAAUUUCCUGGGACUACUUUAAAGAAGUUUACAAAGAAGAUAUAAAACACCCAGGAAAUUUAAGAAUGGUACCUAGGAUAACACCACAGCACCUAGAUUUGACUCCAAUGUCAAAAAUGCGAGUUCGCUUAUGUACCCAGGUUUUUAGUAUGAGUAUGGCAAACGCAAUACGUUUCUAUGAGUCAAAAGGAAGUCUUAUGCUCAAAAAUGCUGGAGAAACUGCCAAUUUUGUUGAAUUUUGGAACAAUUUGUUUGACAACUUUAAUCGGAAUUUACCGUGGCAAGGUCUUAAAUCUACUAACGAUAAAGGGUUUCAAGGAUUUGUUGAUGCGUUGCACUAUAUCAACUGUUGGGAAGAUCAAAUGAUUGAUGGCAGUAUUGGUCCAGAAGAGUUUUUAACCAAACAAACGGCUCAAGGACUUCGAGUGACGAUUACUUCUACAAUUGACCUGUCAAAAUACUUAUUAGAAACAUGUGGUUAUGAUUAUGUUCUUACUGGUAAAAUGUGCCAAGACCCACUUGAAAAAUUCUUUGGCAUUAUAAGACAAUCAUGUGGGCCAAACGAUCACCCAACAACUCCAACUUUUCUCCAUCUUUAUAAAAUUCUUUCGGUUUAUUCUGUGCUUAAGCCUCCUAAACAUGGCAACUGUACAAUUACAACUAUGGAUGCUCCUAAAAUUUCUAUAUCUGACUUAAAAGAAAUUUUUCAUAAUAAAUCUUUUCAGCGAACUGAAAAAAUUAACCAACUCAAAUUAAAAUUAGAUCAAUUAAUUGAAGAUGGCCUAUGGGAACCCUGUGAUGUGCUUCCUCAAGUUGACAACAGCAUGGAAAAUAGUACCAGAGAUUGUUUAAUCUACUAUAUUUGUGGGUAUGUGACUAAACAAAUUUUAAAAAAGCAAAAGUGUAAUGAGUGCAUAAGUUAUUUUAAAGAAGGCAACGCUGAUCAUCCCUGUGCAGAACUAGUAAAUUUAAAAACAAAUGGGAAGCUGAUGUAUCCAAAUACAGCUUUAUUUGAAUUUUUAAACAUUGUUGAACACUCUUUUGCAAAACACUGUAAUGAUUUUUAUGUAUUUGAAAAUGUAAUCAAUGAUAUAACUCAAAAUAAUUUGAAUUUUAAAUUUAGCUGUUCUUUUCAUAAAGUUGAAAUUGCUUCUGAAGUUAUAGUGUAUUACUUACAAAUGAGAAUGCGCCAGCAUACAUACCAAGAAAAUCUCAAAUUCCAAAAAGUUGCAAGAGAAAAGAAAAAAAUUGCUAAAUUAUACAAUUCAUAG